CCGGGGACUCGAGCUUUUUGUGUUUUGGGGGGAGCAGAACAAAAAGUGGAAUCAUGACGGGGAAGGAGGGAGUUGUGCUUUCAGACUCUGAGAAUAAACAGAAAUCAGUUUCACAGACCUCCGUGAGCCACGGGGGAGCAAACCAACAGAUGCAUGCAACCUGGAAGAUGGCCCCGACUGCGCAGCGGCGCACCGGCUUUGGGAUCCAGGAGCUGCUCGGCCUCAACGUGGAACCGCCGGUGGCACCGAGGCGACCGCUGGAGGCUCUACCGCACAGGGCACACGUCCUUGCCGCCAGGUCAGCCCUGGGACACGGAGGCCUCGGGGUCAGCAUGGGUUUACUGCGACCGGAGGGAAUACACUCGUUUUACAGUCAACCUGCUUUUCUGGAAGUGCUGUCAGAGGCGCAAAAUGUGCACCUGCAGCCGCUGCACCGGACGGCGCGCGUGGACUCGGAGAUGGACGCGCAGCACUCCGCCAGCUCCGAUUCUGAUGAUUUGAGCUCCUCCAGUGAUCAAAAAUUCUCCAAAUCAUCCAUGAACCAGAGCAAGAAACGAAAGAAAAGACGACACAGAACCAUUUUCACUUCCUAUCAGCUGGAGGAGCUGGAGAAAGCGUUCAAUGAGGCUCACUACCCAGACGUCUACGCCCGGGAAAUGCUCUCCAUGAAGACUGAGCUACCAGAGGACAGGAUACAGGUGUGGUUUCAAAACCGCCGUGCCAAGUGGAGGAAAAGGGAGAAGUGUUGGGGCCGCAGCAGCGUGAUGGCGGAGUACGGCCUGUAUGGAGCCAUGGUCCGUCACUCCAUCCCGCUGCCCGAGUCAAUCCUCAAGUCAGCCAAGGACGGCAGCACAGACUCUUACGCACCGUGGUUACUGGGUAUGCACAAGAAGUCUAUUGAAAAUGUCCACACGUCUCCAGGAAAAGCCCCCAGCCUGACACCGCCACCAGCACCACCAGCACAGGAGAAAAUGGCAGACAAGGUUAUAGAGGAAGAUAAGCAGAAUAAAGACACCAAUUCACUGAUUUCUAAAGAGGAACUGAGGGAGAACAGUAUUGCUGCACUGCGAGCAAAGGCGCUGGAGCACAGUGCUAAGAUGCUCGGGACAGUUUCCGACAGAACGAACAGUCAUAAAAGUCGUGAGGAGGAGCCCGAGGAGGAGGUGACGGAGCAGGAAAUGGUGAAAGCGAGGAGAAACUGAAAGACGCUACGGGAUGCACUCUGCAGAGUGGAGCUUUUAAUGUUUAGAGGCAGCAGUCUUCUUUUAUUGGUUAAACUGAAUCUUGACACAUGUGGAGUCAUACCUUCACUUAGGUUUAGAUGUGAAAUAGGUUCUUUAGCUCCACUGAUUGAGGUUCAGUAACUCAACCAAUUAUAAUAUUUCUGCUUCUUUGAUCCUAAAAAUAUUUGUACAGCUAACCAAAACUGCACAAUAUAUUUGCAUGUCUCCUCCUGCGGUUGAUCUGGAAGGGACUGGAGGAGGCUUGAGCGCAAAAAUGUUUCCUUGCAAUUAUGAAAGACAUUUUGGCUAAAUAUAUAAUUCAUACUGACAGGUGGCGAAUUAAAGGAAAACGCUGAUCUCCUCACAUCUACAGUGAGGGGAUCCAGUGGCUCUGAUAUGCUGUGGGGGGCACUUUGCUGGUGUGGUUUGGAUUCACUCGUCCCCUUCAGAGGGAAGGGCCACUGCAAAUCAAUACAGAGCUGAUCUGAGUGAUCACCUUCAUGCUACGAUGAAACAUUUCUGUCCUGCUGGAUGACAGUGCUGUCAUCCAUACAGGAUACAUGAAUGGUUUGGCAACUAAAAUAAUGUGACUCGUGUGCUUAUGGCUGCUGCUCCUGUCAGAUAUCAGUUCAGCUGGAAACCAGAGGGAGGUUUUGAUUUGUCAAAACCAAACGAAGGAAUAUAUAUUUUUGAAGAGUGCUCUUUGAUCAAGGCAACGAGGCUCCAGAGACUUGGAGGAUCAAUCCUGUGGCACGCUGAACUUGUUCUGGCAACAACACACUUUGUGUUGUUGUUUGUUUGCUUGUUUGUUUUUCAUUUAGUUUGUCAUCUGUCUGUCAUUUAGCUACAGCUCUGUUAUGUGGCAACUUUUUCAGGCAACAAAAACACCUUAUUUGAAUAACUGGACCACAGAGGCAUCAUGGAGAAAUGUAACCAGAAAGCCUGGAUUAAAGAGACUUUUUUUUUUUUUUUUUUUUUUUAGGUAUUAAUAUAGCUUUGACCUCCAACUUCUUCAUGACGAUACAUUUUGGCUGGGUAGGUGCAGGGUGCUGCCACAGGUACAGUAUCACUGCAGUUGGUACCAAAUCCUGUAAAAAUGGUCUCUUCAGCUGUUCAUGAUGUUCGUGAUGUGCAUUUUGAACAUUCACCUUGGGUAAUAUUGUAUUAUGUAUAGUUAACACAAACUGUGUGUUUGUUUCUGUAUAAAUGUAACU